AUGACCGAAACUGUGAUGGAGAAGAAAAGAAAGAUUGAAUCAAAUUCAUCAGGUAUUGCAAAACAACCAAAAGCUUCAAAAAUAUUUAGUCCGUUCAGAGUUUUGGGUAAUGUUACAGACUCAACUCCAUUUGCAAUGGGGACAUUAGGUUCGACAUUUUAUGCUGUCACCUCUGUUGGGAGAUCUUUCCAAAUCUAUGACUCGGCCACAUUACAUUUGUUAUUUGUUUCCCAAACUCAAACUCCUUCAAAGAUUACAUGCUUGGCUGCACACCAUCAUUUUGUCUAUGCAUCGUAUGGUGGCCGUAUUGGUAUUUUUAGACGUGGUAGAUUAGAACAUGAAUUGAUUUGUGAAGGCAAUUCUACUGUCAACCAUUUAUUAGUGUUCGGGGAGUAUCUUAUUGCUACCACGAUAGAAGGUGAUAUUUGCAUAUUCAAGAAAGCUGAAGGAAAGAAAUUCCCAACUGAAUUAUACAGUACGAUUAGAGUAAUCAAUUCUUUAAUUGAAGGAGAAAUUGUGGGAUUGAUUCACCCCCCUACAUAUUUAAAUAAAGUGAUUGUUGCUACAACUCAAUCGGUUUUUGUUAUAAAUGUAAGAACCGGUAAAUUAUUAUACAAAUCCCGUGAAUUGCAAUUUGAAGGCGAAAAGAUUUCGUCAAUUGAAGCUGCUCCAGUUUUGGAUGUAAUUGCUGUUGGUACAUUUAAUGGGAAUGUGUUUUUGUUCAACAUUAAAAAGGGGAAAGUAUUGGGCCAAAAAAUCAUUACUUCAGGAACUGAAUCGUCAUCAAAAGUUACCUCAAUCUCAUUUAGAACUGAUGGAGCUCCUCAUUUGGUUGCUGGCUUGAAUAAUGGGGAUUUAUAUUUUUACGAUUUGGAUAAAAAAUCACGUGUUCAUGUUUUGAGAAAUGCCCAUAAAGAGACUCAUGGAGGUGUUGCAAAUGCCAAAUUUUUGAAUGGACAACCGAUUGUUUUAACAAAUGGUGGUGAUAACCAUUUGAAGGAAUUUGUUUUUGAUCCUAAUUUAACGACUUCGAAUUCGUCUAUUGUUCCUCCUCCAAGGCAUCUCAGAUCCAGAGGUGGCCAUUCUGCACCACCAGUGGCUAUUGAAUUUCCUCAAGAAGAUAAAACCCAUUUUUUGUUGAGUGCUUCUAGAGAUAAAACAUUUUGGACAUUUUCAUUGAGAAAAGAUGCUCAAGCACAAGAAAUGUCUCAAAGGUUGCAAAAAUCCAAGGAUGGGAAAAGACAAGCUGGACAAGUUGUUUCCAUGAGAGAAAAGUUCCCGGAAAUCAUUUCUAUUUCAUCCUCUUAUGCCAGAGAAGGUGAUUGGGAAAAUAUCAUAACCGCACACAAAGAUGAAACCUUUGCCAGAACAUGGGACUCAAGAAACAAAAGAGUGGGUAGACAUUUGUUAAACACCAUUGAUGGCGGUAUUGUGAAAUCUGUAUGUAUUUCCCAGUGUGGUAAUUUUGGGUUGGUUGGAUCAUCGCUGGGUGGUAUUGGAUCGUACAAUCUUCAAAGUGGGUUAUUGCGUAAAAAAUAUGUUUUACAUAAGCAAGCUGUCACGGGUUUAGCAAUUGAUGGAAUGAAUAGAAAAAUGGUCAGUUGCGGUUUGGAUGGAAUUAUUGGAUUCUAUGAUUUUGGGAAAUCUGUCUAUUUAGGAAAAUUACAACUUGAAGCCCCUAUAACUUCUAUGAUAUAUCAUAAACUGUCUGAUCUUGUUGCUUGUGCCUUGGAUGAUUUAUCCAUUGUUGUCAUCGAUGUGACCACGCAAAAGGUUAUAAGAGUAUUGUAUGGCCAUACCAACAGAAUUUCAGGAAUGGAUUUCUCACCCGAUGGAAGAUGGAUAGUUUCGGUUGCCUUGGACUCCACUUUGCGAACUUGGGACUUACCAACUGGAGGUUGCAUUGAUGGAGUGAUUUUGCCUGUUGUGGCAACUGCAGUUAAAUUUUCGCCCAUUGGUGAUAUCUUGGCAACAACACAUGUCUCGGGAAAUGGUAUAUCCUUGUGGACUAAUCGUGGCCAAUUUAAACCUGUUUCUACCAGGCAUGUAGAAGAAGAAGAGUUUUCAACAAUUUUAUUGCCAAAUGCUUCUGGUGAUGGUGGUUCCACAAUGCUAGAUGGGUUCUUGGAUGAGGACACUAAUGAAGACGGUACUAUUAAUGAGCUGUAUACAUCUACUUCUCAGAUAGAUAGAUCUUUAAUUACCUUCUCAUCAGAGCCAAGAUCUAAAUUUAAUACUUUAUUGCAUUUAGAUACUAUUAAACAACAAAGCAAACCGAAAGAGGCACCCAAAAAACCAGAAAAUGCACCUUUUUUCUUACAAUUGACUGGGCAAGCAGUUGGUGAUAGGGCAUCUGUUGCCGAAGGGAAAACUUUGGAACAACCAGACAGUGUUGUUGAAGAGAGCGGUAGCAAAUUGCGCAAAUUAGACACAAACGGUAACUAUACAUUUGAAAGUGAAUUUACAAAACUAUUGAGGGAAGCUGGGGAAAGUGGAAAAUUUGAAAAAUUCUUGACCUAUUUACUUAAUUUAUCUCCUGCCGUAUUAGACUUGGAAAUAAGAUCCCUUAAUUCAUUUGUUCCAUUAAUUGAAAUGACAAGUUUUAUUCAAGCCUUAAAUGCUGGUUUAAAAUCAAAUGCAAAUUAUGAAAUAUGGGAAACCUUAUAUGCAAUGUUUUUCAACAUGCACGGUGAUGUGAUCCAUCUGUUUGAAAAUGAAACUAAUCUCCAUGAGGCCUUGGAAGAAUACAGACAGUUGAAUGAUGAGAAAAAUAACAAAAUGGAUUCGUUAGUGAAAUACUGUGCUAGUAUUGUAAGUUUUAUCAGUUAA